AUGUUACCGGACGGACAAUACCCGUUGGAGAGGUGCCAUCAUGCGUAUCUGUCAUGUGUUGCCGGCGAAGCUAGAGUAUUGCAAUGCCCGUUGGAGCUGAUCUUUGAUCGGUAUGUGCAUAAGUGCAUCACCGCUGCCGAUAGCGAAGAAUGUACUGGAACACCACCGCCUCGAACAACUACCCCCCAAAACGAACCGACAACUAUGGGCAACCCGUUUUGUCUCCACAAAGCUGAUGGCCUUUAUCCAAAUCCGGAAGCACCUAACGGUUGCCAUCGACAAUUUUACGCAUGCACUGCCGGUGCAUUGAAGAUCCAAAUGUGCGCAGAUAACCUGUUCUACGACCCCGACACAAAGACAUGUCAGUCUUUCGCUAACGUGCCAGCAUGCACCGGCUUGCCGCCUACGUCAUCUACAGUGCCCACUACGCUCACAACGCCACAAAGUGACGUGCCGGGCAUAGAUUGCGCCGGAUUAAUGCCAGGAGAUUAUCCGGAUCCGUCAAAUAUCUGUUCAACUCGAUAUUUCACUUGUCUCAAUGGCGGCAGAGGGGUGCCUCGCGAAUGUCCGGAUAACUUGUACUUUGAUCCAACCAAUUUGAAGUGCAAUUUCCGAGAGAACAUUGUCGAAUGUACAGGACAGACAACACCAGACGGUUUCUACGUCAAUCCGGCAAAUCCAUGCAGCUGCACGUUUUACGCAUGCAUUGGUCAUGAGGCGCAAAGAUUGCACUGUCCGGAGAAUCUGGUUUUCGACCCUGACACGCAGUCGUGCCAGUAUGCGGCGGAUACGUUCAUCUGCACGGGAACUCCAAGAACGUCCACGCCCACAACUCCGAUCUCUGACGUUGUAACCACUGAAAGGCCCGCUUUGGACUGCACCUUUUUAAAGAAUGGGCUGUAUCCAGAUCCCACAUUAGCAUGUAGUCAUAUUUUCUAUUACUGCACGGGCACCGUGGCGCAGAAACUAAGAUGUCCUGGUGAUUUGUACUUCGACAUCGAGAAAAAGGCCUGUGCCGAAUUUCAGGAUGUCUAUGCCUGCUCAGGAAUGGUACCGUUUGACUGCACCUUCUUGCCGGACGGUUUACAUGCCAAUCCUACAAACCCGUGUUCGACGUUCUACUACGUCUGCGCUUCUGCGGUCGCUACGUAUCAGGACUGCCCUGAAGGACUGUAUUUCGAUCCGGACAGAAAGCGGUGCGAUUUGUACUCGAACAUCUUCGCCUGUUCGCACAGUACGUCUACAACGACACCGACACCAACUCCUACUCCCAGCACGGCGGCGCCGGCAUUUGACUGCAGAAACUUGGAGAACGGAUUGUACGCCGACCCACUGAACCCAUGUACGCAACAUUACUUCAUCUGCGCCGGCGGUUUCACGUACGAGAUGAGGUGCCCGAACAGACUGUUCUUCAACCCGAUUCCUCAGACCUGCGAUUAUUUCAUCGACAUACUGGCAUGCUCCGGUAUAGUUAGAACGACGACGACGCCGGGAGUCACGACCACCACUCCACAAGUGCCUUUUGACUGCUUUGGAUCUCCGAAUGGAGAUUAUCCGGAUCCGAUUCAACGCUGUUCAAAUAAGUUUUUCUCGUGCAGCAAUGGCAUCGCCAGUCAACGGUCAUGUCCUGCAGCGACAUUCUUCGAUCCGGAAUUGCGAGUGUGCGACGAUUAUGACAACAUACCUGUGUGCUCCGGAACUCGUCGCACAACCUUGCCAACAACAACAACUACAGCGAUCAGCGACGUCACCUCUCCCGUUCCCCGGUUCGACUGUACCCACCGGCCGGACGGCAACUACCCUAGUGGACCAUGCUGUCGUAUGUACUUCUCCUGCGUCGACAAAUCUGCGUUGCGAAUGUUUUGCCCAGAAGGGCUGGUGUUCGACGCCGAACACGACGAAUGCGACUACGCCUUCAGCGUUUCUUCCUGUGGAAUCCAUACUGUAUCAACGCCGGCUUCCGACGUGACGCAGCCCCCGACCGUGCCUCCGUCGAUUUUCGACUGCUCGCAAAAGUCUGAUGGACAAUAUCCAAAUCCGCUGAAGCCUUGUUCAAGACUGUACUACGUUUGUGCUGGUGGUUUAGCAUACCUCGAACAUUGCCCAGCCAAGCUCUUCUAUGAUCCGGUGAUGAAGAUCUGCAAUUACAGAGACAAAAUCCAAGUUUGCACGAAACCAUGCAAAACCACUGCCACUACUGAAGCAACGUCGACGGAAGUCGCUGAACUCGCCGAACCGUCUGCCGACGAAAGCGCCGUCGAAAGCGAAGCUUCGGUGAUCGCGCCCGAGGUGGCUAAAUAUUCAGAUGGUCAUUCGAUAAUGGAAAUGCUGCCGAUGGAAGCGUUCGACCAAGUUCCGGUGCCAGUAUUUCAAAACGGACAGCUUUUGUUUGUGCCUCGGAAUAAGGCGAAAAACAUAGUGAAGGAAAAGUACACACUUACGCAGUACUUUCUCCAGUAA